AUGGACUCUGCACGAGUCAAGCAAGUUGAAGAGAUGUGGAAAAGCAACCAGACGUGUGUGACAGAGAUCGUGUUCCUGGGGUUCUUAGAUUUCCAGGCACUGCAAGUCCUGCUCUUUGUGGUGGUAUUCACCUUCUACAUGGUGGCCCUGCUGGGUAACUCUCUGAUAGUUAUUGUCACGGUGAUGGAUCAGGCUCUUUGCACCCCGAUGUAUUUCUUCCUCAGGAACUUGUCCUUCUUGGAAAUUGGCUACACCUCAGUCGUGAUCCCCAAGAUGCUGCUGAACCUGCUGUCAGAGACCCAGACCAUCUCCUUUGCAGGCUGCGGCACUCAGAUGUACUUCUUCAUUCUCUUCAGCAUCACAGAGUGCUGCCUUCUCUCCGUUAUGGCGUACGAUCGCUACGUGGCCAUAUGCCACUCCCUGAAAUACACCCUGGUUAUGAACCAGAGAGUCUGUGCUCAGAUGGCAGCUGGUUCAUGGACCAUUGGUACCUUGGUGGCUUUUGGUCAAACAGCGUCAAUAUUUACUCUGCCUUUCUGUGGGUCUAAUAAUAUCAGCCAUUUCUUCUGUGAUGUUCUCCCUGUGCUCAGACUGGCCACCACAGACACCCGCAAGAAUGAAGCUGCCGUUGCCAUAGUCACAGUGAUCUUUAUCUUCAUCCCAUUUUUGCUCAUUCUCUUGUCCUACAUCCUCAUCCUCUCUGCCAUCCUGAGGAUGCCCUCAGCCGUGGGCCAGCGCAAAGCCUUCUCCACCUGCUCCUCACAUCUCAUUGUGGUUUCUCUCUUCUACGGGACCAUCACAUUCACCUAUGUGAGGCCCAAGUUGAUCUAUUCUCUGGGCAGUGACAGGCUGCUCUCUCUGCUCUACACGGUGGUGACGCCUAUGUUCAAUCCCAUUGUUUACUGUCUAAGGAACAAGGAGGUGAGGAGAGCACUCAGAAAGUCAAUAGUAAGGCAGACUUCCUUCCUCAUACGGUGUGGGUGA